AUGGCGACGUCAGCCCUCGAAGAAACGGAUCCGCUUCUAAGUAAAUCCUUAGGAAAUAAGUCUUCAUAUUCAUCCACGUCAUCAUAUUCACGUGAAGUCGAGGGAGAGCCUCUGGACGAAGAUGAAACACAGCCAUUGCGCCAAAGCAGAUUCAAGCGGUUUCUGUCGUACGUCACAGUGGAACCGGCGAUGUUUCUUCACUCUCUCUCGGCGGCGGUGGAGGGAGUAUUCGAGACGAAUAUGAUGUUGGAUAAGACUUGCCUAAUCCAGAUGAACUACAGCGAAGAGGUGUGUGCAGGUUUGGACUCAGGGAAGUAUGUCGAACAGCAAGACAUCGUCCAGCAGAUCACCAAUAAGUAUAGUAUGUAUUCCCAGUGGAUCGAGCUCGGGCCUCCCGUCCUCGUGCUCAUUUUCCUGGGCGUCUGGAGCGACACGCGAAGUCGCCGUCUCCCUUUGCUUCUGCCGAUGAUAGGAGCGACGCUGAAGGCUGCGGGUCUCAUGGCCAACGCCUAUUUUUGGACCCUUCAGCCCUAUUUCAUCCUACUCUCCCACAUCCCCUACGGCUUGUGUGGCAACGUUAUGGCCGCCUACAUGGCUGCGUAUGUUAUAAUCGGCGAUCUUACUGGUACACAGCGCUCUCGGGACGGCGCUCUACCAGUCCAGUGGCUACACGCUGGUCUUCGGGAUUGA